GGUCUUGUAGAGUCUACAAGAUGGCUACAAGAUAUAGCCAGCUCAAUAUUGAUAUUGAUACUCUGAAGCAGAAGACUGGGGUAACAGACACCCAGCUAGACCAAAGAAUUGAACAGGAACAAUUGUGGAGCCUGUCUGGUGUACUUGGCAGCUAUAAAAAGUUUGUUAGAAGCUCAGGGUUUGAUCUCAAUAAUGCGGAUAUAGAGGAUCUGAAGGAAUGUGCCUCCAAGCAUGGCAAUCAACAAGCCAUGUAUGAAGCUUUAAUGAAAUGGGGAAAAUUCAUCCGUGACUUCACUUAUCGGUCGUUGUUGGAGAUUUUGAUUGGUCUUCGUGAAGGAGCUUUGGCUGACCAAGUGUGUAGGACUUUCAUCCAGACACAAGCCAGUGAGCUGAAUAAAGAAGACGCUGUGUCCUUGUCACCUGCACCAGAUAGAAAAUCACUUCUGACACGGCCACCAAUUCAUGACGUACUUCAACCGAAUUUGGGGACAGGCACUACAACUGCUGACCACAUAGACAAAUUUGAGACAAGGUUUAUAGAUCUACGAAAGAUGGCUCUCAAAGAAAUAACUGAGAAGCGAAUACCUGUGACUGAGUUCCGCCAAACACUCAUGAUAAUGCCAAGCUCCAUCAAAAAUGAAAACAAAGAUUUUAUCAAAUCAAACUAUUCCUUGUUUGAAGAAGCUAAAUCGAUUGAAAGCAUAUUUUUGGAGAUCAAUUUCUACCUAAGCUUUAUUGAUUUCAGCCUUCCUGAGCAUAUCAUAGAGCAAUUUGGUAGUGAUAGUCUGAAACAAGACAUGAGCAGCUAUGCAGAAGACAUGAGACAUUUCAGAAUGAACACCCCCGUUAGCGAAGCACUUGACCAUCUUCCAAGAAAUUCUGAUACUCCUGCUGGUUACUGUUGUUUAACAUUGAAAUUAGAUUUUGAUGUUCAUACUGCAACUCUUGAAGAUGUAGACACAUACAGGAAACGUUUCGCUAGUGAAUUCUUGCUCUCCCAGCUAGCCCUUUCUUUGUUUGACCUCCAGGAGAGCUCACUACUGGUUACAUGGCUAGUGCCUGCUGCUGUAGGAGCAAUGAUCAGUGACCAAGUGCAGAAGAAAAGUUCUUCUUUCUUUUUAAGUUUAAGCAACAAUAUUCUCAAGCUAUCACUCAAAGGAGAAUGUCUCUACCCAAUGGUAAAGGUUAGUCAGUCAGGUACAGAGGGAUCUGGUGGUGCUAUGAUUGAAGCUGGAGCUUCGAUCACUCGUAAACCACAUCAAAGGAUAGCGGAGCGAUUCAACCUCAAACCUAAUCAUCAUGGACUGGCUAUUGUUGUACCAUUCCGUCCGUUGUUGUACCUAACGGACGUGCUCACGAAGAAAUUGAUAUUUGAUAUUUACGAGCCUCGAAAUAAACGAUCCCUAAAGUCAUACAUGCAAGCUGUAGAUUUGGAGCUGAAACACCAUCCCAUAAUAGUGGUGGUAUAUGGACGUGGAGUGAGUGGUAAUCUUCUACGCACUGAUAUUGGUGACAUUGACAUCAAGGAAGAUAUUAUGGCACCACUAUUCCCUGCUAUUGCCACACACCUUGCUGACAACCCAAAGAUAUUCCUAUUUGUUUUCAGAUCCGGCUCUUCUAAACGCCAUGCUCUAAAUUUCGUUGAAGCAAUCUGGGAAAACUGCAUUGUUGGUUAUAUUGCAUGUGAUAAUCUGCGGAGGGCAGGAGACAUCGUAGAGGACGAACUGGCACACCCUUCUAUGUUCGUGCAAGAGAUCUUCACUUCAAUUAGCGACAAACUUCCACCCCAUGCUACCAUGACUGUGAUCAACCGUCUCAAGGAGCCAGUUUACUUGUAUCCUCAUGGAUCUGAGUUAAUGGAAACUCACAGCAGAUCACAAGAAUCAACCGAGGAGUCCGGUUUUCUGUCACGUGUACGUCAAUUAUCAAUCGCUGCCAAGGAGCCUGAUACUGAAUCACAUCUACUGGAACAACCAAUCAAGAAGCUCAAAACUGAACUCUCACCAAAGCAAUCGAAGGGAGUCCCCAAACAAGCUGAGUCGAGUGAUGAACUCUAAAAGACUAAUUAAUAGUGCUCACCUCAUGCAAGUAUGAGUCUUUAUAUUUUUUGUACACAUUAAUUUGUAUUUAAUAUUGCAAUUAUUAUAUGCCUCGAGGCGUAGAUCUUUUUCUUGAGGGCCUGGUAAGCCACAUAACACUCCCCACAUACAAUAGAUAACAAUAUGCAUGUACAAAAAGUCUUUUCUUCUGUUAUAUGAUAGUUACUCUGAACCCCA